UGUCCGGUCGGGUGUACUGAAAGUCAUGGCAGGUCCUGAUCUGAUAAAAACUCUCCUGUAUACCGUCAAUAAUCUGCUGCAGCAAGAGAAGUACAAAGCGGCGUUAGCUGUUUUGAAAGGAUUCAGAAACGGCGCCGUAUACGGGGCCAAAAUCAGAGCACCACAUGCUCUGGUGAUGACAUUUCUAUUCAGAAGUGGCAGUUUGAAGGACAAGCUCAAAGCCAUUUUGAAGGCCACGUACACCCACUCUCGCAACCUGGCAUACUUUGUGUUCACCUAUAAAGGACUGCAAGCCUUACAGGAGAAGUGCCAGGGAAAGAGUUUGCAGUCUCACUCCUUUCUGGCUGCCUGUGUUGGAGGCUGGUUAGUGUUCGGGGAUAACAACAACAUCAAUAGCCAGAUCAACAUGUACCUGCUGUCCAGGAUCCUGUUUGCGCUCUCACGGCUGGCUGUGGAGAAAGGAUUUAUCCCGCAGCCGAAACACGACCCUUUCCCUCUCUUUGCCACGCUGGUGUGGGGCAUUGUCUUGUGGCUUUUUGAAUAUUACCCUCACACCCUCCAGCCCUCACUGCAGUCAUCGAUGAACUACCUCUACCAUGACAGCAAUGUGUGGCACGACAUAACGGACUUCCUUGUUUAUAAUAAGCCAAGGACUGCUGCUUAGAAAUGAGCAAUAGUUUUUUUUUUCACCUCGGACCAGCUCACCACAAUACAUGAAUUGCAUUCUUAUUUUUAUAAUUAUUAAUAUUGCAAAUAUUAUCAAAUGUUGCCUUUUAAAAUUGUUUCCUGAUUUUAGUUUGUAUUGUAUGAUUUUUCGGUUAGUGUUUGAUCCAUUGACGUGUUUGCCUUGUGUGUCAACUCACACCAAAUCUGCAUACACCAGCGGAUUUACCUACCGUUAUUAUUCGAUAAAAUCUGCUUUAAAUAGCUAAAUCUGUAUCUACUUAGUAUGAUUGUUUUUCUACUGAUAUUUCGGGUGAUUGUACGAUUUGUCUGAUUUUAAUAUCCAGCACUAUGUCAGUCAAUACAGCUGCCAGAGAAUAAAAGACAAAAGAUGUUUAAUGCGAAA